CGUCCAAGCAGUCGCUUACAUCUCAGAUCCGCCGCCGCGCAGAGAGCGCAGAAAGCCCGUCUGCCAAGUCCUGUCCACUCCACUUGGUGACGUGCGGAGCCGAGCGCAGGCAGGCCACUUAUAGACCGGCCCACAGCCGCUGCCACUGCACUGUGCUGCUCCUUUUGCUGUAAAAUGCAACAGCGGUCUUUGCGGGAUAAAGACAGCAUUCAUACAUAAUAAGCGCCGGAGCGAAACAAGGACAAACGCCGGGGGACAGGAGCAGCGAGCGGCCGGUGGAGGUGUAGACAGCAAUACUCAAAAGAUCUAAUUUGUCUGUGAUGAGCAUCCCCAUCCACAAGAGACCAAAGGCCUGCCCCUGUUGUUCCCUCUGAGAGGAAGAGGAAGUGAUGUCACGCCACCACCAUCGCUUUGAGAGGGACUACCGGGCACCCUGGGAGCGGAGAGACAUCCGUCCUUCUGGCCUCCACAAUGGAGGAGCCAAUCAUAGCUGUGCCUCUGCCGUUGUCAACGGCAACAACCGUCCGGGGCUCCUUCCCCUCCCAGUCAUCCCCUCCCUUCUUCCAACUCCAGUUACAGUUGCCGUGACAACAUCGAGCAGCGACUUAGUGGUCAAGCGAGGCAUCUCGGCAGCAGGAUCGGUGGCUCCGGCAUCAGCCAAGGUCUCCGGACUGUCUCCCGGAGACAGCCAGGCCCCGGGACUGCUGCUGGCUCCAGGUGUGAGGUGGGGACAGACCCCUAUAAACCAGCUCACACCGUGGGAUACAGAUGAGCCCCCUGCUAAGCAACAUCGAGAUGCCGAGCCCACCGCUCCAACCUGGCCUGCACCGGUGGCGGCGGUGAGCCAGCCCAGUCUUCUGUCCCACACCUACGCCCUCCCUCAGCCGCCUUCUUUCAACCACAGCGUGACCGCGCAGUCGCCCAUCAUAGGAGUGACCCCAUCCAUCCAGACGCCGGUGCCCCCGCAACACCCCCUCAUGACCGCCCACUUCCAGCUGACGCCGCAGUCGACCCAGCAGCCGCCCUCUAUGGUGCUGAGCAUGCCCAGCCAGCCUCCGUACGCCUCAGCCCAGCCGACGGUCACGCCGUCCGCCCUCACUGCCCAGGCCAACCCGGUGGUUCAUCCAAACGCUCACAGCAUGAUUGGCAACGGCCACUUAACCUCUCACCCCAGCCUCAUCCAGCCCCACACCCUGCCUCUCACCAACGGACAGGCGGCGGCAGCAGCAGCGCAUGGCCAGCAGACAUCUGCCGACAAUCAGGACGGUCCCAACGGGCUGCAAAUGCUGCGGACGGUUGGGAGCGGGAAGUACGAGUUCAGCGACCCCGGACAUCCCAAAGAGAUGUUGAAGGAGUUGAACCAACAGCGCAGAGCGAAAGAGUUUACAGACCUGAAAAUUAUUGUUGAAGGCAAAGAGUUUGAAGUCCACCAAAAUGUUCUAGCUUCCUGCAGCUUGUAUUUCAAGGACCUGGUGAAAAGGUCGUCGGGAGAGACGAGGAGCAGGGAGAUGCUGGAGCUGAACAUGAGCAACAUCAGCGCCGACGUGCUGGAGCUGCUGCUCGAGUUUGUCUACACGGGGUCGCUGGUCAUCGACUCGGCCAAUGCCAAGACGUUGCUGGAAGCUGCCAACAAGUUCCAGUUCAACACCUUCUGUAAAGUCUGUGUCUCCUUUCUAGAGAAACAGCUGACUGCCGCUAACUGUCUGGGAGUGCUGGCUAUGGCCGAGGCCAUGAGCUGCACCGAGCUCCACAACAUGGCCAAAGCGUUUGCCCUGCAGAAUUUCCCAGAGGUGGCAGGGCAGGAAGAGAUCCUCAGCGUCUCCAAGGACGACCUGAUAGCCUAUCUGUCCAACGACAGCCUGAACACAAAGGCCGAGGAGCUGGUCUACGAGACCGUCAUCAAGUGGAUCAAACAAGACCCCAACUCUAGAGUACAGCAUCUGUCAGAGCUGUUAGCGGUGGUGCGUCUUCCCUUCAUCCACCCGUCCUAUCUGCUGAACGUAGUGGACAACGAGGAGCUGAUCAAAUCUUCAGAGGCGUGUCGCGAUCUGGUGAACGAAGCCAAGCGUUACCACAUGCUGCCUCACGCACGGCAAGAGAUGCAGACGCCGAGGACCCGCCCCAGACUUUCUGCCGGUGUAGCAGAGGUGAUAGUUCUCGUGGGAGGGCGUCAGGCUAUCGGGAUGAACCAGCGCUCUCUGACAGCAGUCACCUGUUUUAACCCCCAGAACAGUAAGUGGUACCCACUGGCCAGCCUGCCCUUCUACGACCGCGAGUUCUUCAGUGUCAUCUCGGCGGGAGACAACAUCUACCUGUCAGGUGGCACAGAGUCAGGUGUGAUGGUGGCUGAUGUGUGGUGCUACAUGUCUCUUUUGGACAACUGGAAUCUGGUGUCCCGGAUGACCGUGGCUCGCUGUCGGCACAACAGCCUGGUGUACGAUGGCAAGCUGUACACGAUCGGCGGACUGGGCGUAUCGGGGAACCUGGACCACGUGGAGAGGUACGACACCAUCACCAACCAGUGGGAGACGGUUUCUCCUCUCCCCAAGCCGGUCCAUUCUGCCGCAGCCACCGUGUGCGGAGGGAAGAUCUACGUGUUCGGAGGUGUGAAUGAGGCCGGGCGCUCGGCGGGUGUGCUCCAGUCCUACGUACCGCAAAGCAACACCUGGAGUUUUAUCGAAUCGCCCAUGAUAGAUAACAAAUACGCCCCUGCAGUGAGCCUAAAUGGAUUUAUAUUCAUCCUGGGAGGAGCCUACGCUCGAGCUACCACUAUCUAUGACCCAGACAAAGGCAACAUCAAGGCCGGUCCCAACAUGAAUCACUCUCGGCAGUUCUGCAGCGCCGUCAUUCUGGACGGGAAGAUCUACGCCACGGGAGGCAUCGUGAGCAGCGAGGGUCCAGCCCUCGGCAGCAUGGAGACAUUUGACCCUUGCACCAACACUUGGACACUCUUGCAGUCACUGCCCUGCCCGCUCUUCAGACACGGCUGUGUGGUCAUCAAAAAGUAUAUCCAGAGUGGCUGAGGGUGGCUCGGAGCGGGUCGCACUGGGUCAACGCUUAACACCAGCUGAGCUCCAGUUGUGGGACGACGUGUGACAGCAGCUUCGAGACGGGCCGAUCGCUCGCUCGGUCUGCCGGCGACCUCUGGACUUGACGCCAGCAUUCAUCCACACUGUUGCCCCACAUCUGAAGAUAAAGUCAAAUAAAAACGCCCUGUGCAGAAUGUACUCAUGUUUAACUACUCAGCCAUGUCAGGUGACGAUUCCCAACCUCCAGUACUGUAUGUGUCAUGGUAGUAGUUCAUUCUCUGUCAUCAAACAGGCACAGGGUCCCUUUUAGUAAUUUGAAAACUCCAGGGUUUUUAAAUGAAGUCUGUUUCCCCCCCUCUCUGGUACUGCCUUUUGUUUUUUGUUUUCAGUGCAUAUCUCUGUAAACUCAACACCUUCUUCAUUUCCUUUCAUAUAAUCUGACUCAGCUGAAAGCCAUUGCAGGUCCAGAUUCGUGUCCCUUUGAGUAAAUCACACGUUAACAGGCGUAGGUUUCGUAGUCAUGCAUUUGUGAAAGUUUUUGUGGCAUACGAACGUUUUUCCAGUAGCGACAUGUGAAGGACAGGAGGGAAAAGCGAAGGGAAGCGACCGUUUUCCUCUUUAUCAGUGGAUCCGAUGAGUUUCUUUCUCCACUGCAACCAGAAGCAAAGUUCCAACUGUGUAGAUUUAUAGGGUAACUUUAAAUCCAGAUUCUGAACUCUGUGUAACCUGGGCCUUUUUAAUGGCUCUCUAAACAUUGGAAAAAACUAUCAAAUCGGGGUCAGGUUGGGUUUAAAAAGAGAUUUCUUCCCCCCCUUCUUUGUUCUUGUACAAUUCCAGUCUGAUUGAGAUAUCAUCUGGAGGGUGAGUGGCUUUUUUUCCUCCCUUUAUUCACACUGACUUGCUCUCUGGGACAAAGAAAGCACCACACUGAGAGAGAGAAAGCGGGAAUUCCUUCUUCCGCUGGCGUCUGAUCAGAUUCAAGUUGGGACAAUUCCUCCGGAAAAAAAAAAGCACAAUAUUCACCCGCGACUGUUAUCAUAGAUGUUAUCUGUUUAUCCAUGUUUCUUCUGUGUUUCAAGUUCCUCCUUCCCAAAUCCGCUUGUUUUAUACAAUGUUUCAUUGCAACCCGCAAAUUAUGUCGGGUUGGUAUUCUGUAAAUACAGCGAGGAAAUAUGUAUAUUUUAAAACCUGAAGGCAAUUCUGUAUAAAUGUUUUUAGAAAAAAAAUGGAUAGGCUGAAUUGAAAAUGGUACGUCUGUAAAUCUGUACCCAAAAAGGAAAACUUAACAAUUGUUAUUAUUGAAACCUAAUACAUAUACCAGAAUAUGAA